AUGCAAGAGAACGCUCUGACUGCGUUCGCUGAAACGACGCUGUCAGAGACUUCCAGUCCCGACCCCUCACAGCAAAGUUCUGGCCUGGACCUUGUGAUAAAGAAGGAAAAGGAUAUCAAACUGAGAACUAUACUAGAUGACAGAGAGACUGAUUUCAUCAACAGCAGACAUGAGCAAAGACGAAAAGCUGGUGGUGAGGAAACACCUUUGGCUCCUUGUGAACCGAAUCCAGGCCGGGAUUCUGAGAGUGAACCGACUCCAGGCCGGGAUUAUGAGAACAUGUCGUCUCUUAUUCCUGUCAAUAGCUCAGGGAUCGAUUCCAAACGCUCCGUGUGCGAAUUAGAAACAUCAUUCGUAAACAGCUCCUCCAAGCACAGAAAACGUCACAAAGGAGAAAAGCCGUUCAUGUGUGGGGAAUGUGGUUACAGGGCACGCAAAAAGUGUCGUCUUGUCGAUCACAUGAGAACGCACACGGGCGAGAAACCAUUCAAAUGUAAUCAAUGCAACUUCAAGACGCCAUAUGAAAGAAAUCUAGUCGAUCAUAUGAAAAAACACACAAGUGUCGAACCAUACAGCUGUGAAAUCUGUGAGUACCAGACCUACCGGAAGCCAGACUUAGAGAGGCAUAUGAUGAGCCACACUGGUGUGAAACCCUACAAAUGUAAGGAUUGUGACUACAGGACAACUCACAAGAGCCAUCUCACUAGACACAUGAGGCGUCACACCGGGGAGAGAUACAGUUGUCAAGAGUGUGACUACAAGACAAUAGAUAAGUCCAACCUCACCAGACAUAUGAGAAAGAAACACGCGUGA